AUGCGCUUGGUGCCACAGUUGUUGCUGCUGAGCUGGAUGUCACUGUGCCGAGCCACUGCAGACAACUGUAGAGGAGCCCACUGCGAGGACACAGGCGACCCACGGCCAUGCACCGGCCCCCACUGUCCGGGAGGCAGGACAUCCAGACCCCCGCGCCACCUCCAGCCCCAGACCCCCGCCUGCGCUGCUGGGGAUCAAUGCCAACUGCACCAGAAAGUCGUGCAUGCAUCCCCCGAUAACCAGACGCGUGAAUGCCGAGGCGUAGAGUGCAGACUGCCGCUCAGGGUACGACCGAGAGCCAGAGCCAGGACCCCGGAGGAGAGAGAGCCCGGUCCCCCCGUACAUGUGUCCGACAGAGCCGCGCAGUUCCUCGGCGACUUCCCUGAGUUUGGGUUCCCUGCUCCAGAACUUGGCGGUGCGCCGUUGGGAGUCCAGCUCACGUGUGACAUCAAGCCAGGGGAGAACGAGGUCCCGUCUGAAGAUGCUCUCAUCCUGCACCUGCAGCUCUCCAAAGGCCAGGAGACGCUGGUGGAGGCUCUGCGGGCGCAGCAGGCCGUGGUGAAGGACCUGCAGCAGAAGUUGGUGGAACAACAGGAUGCACUCUUGUCUCAGCAGAGGGACAUCCUGGAGCAGCAGCGCCGCAUGUACCAACAGAUGGAUGGGGUCAAGGCCCAAUACGAGAUGUUGUCUGAAACAGUGAAGCAGGCGUCCUUCCAGGGCCUGCAGGGGGAGCUGCAGAGCUACCUAGAGAGCCAGCUCUCAGGACUGCAGAGCCAGGCCCGCAACCACCUGCACAAGUCCUACGCGGUGCACAAGAUGGACCUGGACUCCAAGGGCAUGGAUGUGGUGGGAGAAGCCCACUUCCCCCAGCCUCUGCUCGGCUGCCCCUCUCCCUGUGGGACAGAGCACUUCUGUGACUUCCAGAAGGACCCUCCUCAGUGUGAGAGCUGCACCAUGUGCCCCCCAGGCUUCUUCCUAAUCUCUCAGUGUUCCCCCACCGCCGACCGCAUGUGCCAGGACAGAGAUGAGUGUCUGGAAGUUCCCAACAUUUGUGGAGAAAGAGUAAAGUGCCUCAACACACCAGGGGGCUUCAGAUGUCUGGGCGUCUCUGAGCGGGAGGCUCUGCUGGGUCUGUGUGGUCAGGAAUACUUCUACAACCAGGAGCUGCAGGAGUGCCAGGCCUGCUCCGACUGCGUGGGAGAAACAAUCACUGUUUUGUGUUCAGGUGUGACUGACGCUGUGUGUGGCCAGUCUAUGGAGAGUCAGCUGUCCCAGUCCUGGGCGUCCACCGUGACCCUGCCCUCUUCCCGCAACCCUGACGCAAAGAUCUUCCCUGGACUCCAGCUGAUUGUCCGUAGCAAAGACACAAGCCAGCUUUUAUCCAACGAAGCAGGUAGGCUAGUCUUCCAGCAGCACGGCCUUGUGUGGAUGGAUUACAACUUUGCCGUCAAACACACCUGCAGGAACUUCCUACAACUGGGAAUGAGACUCAACGGAAGCCAAGAGGAAGAGGGACAAGACCUCAGCGGGGUUAGGAUCGAGCAGCCGGACGGUAAAUACUUCCAAGGGGUUAGCAUGAGCAGCGGGAUGGAAGUGGAACCCAAUCACACCUUUGCGCUUCUUCUUAAGAGUCCGAACAACCACUGCAACCGAAGCAAAGACAUCCACGUGUACGACAUCUCGGCCCCCACGUUCAGCUUGCUCUGGCUGUCCCACGACACCGGAGCUGUAGCAAUGUCCGCGCAGAUGUCGCUCCACCCGCACUACCAGACAAGCUACCGACCGACUUUCCGCGUGGCCUCAGUCUCCGACCCUUACAUGAUCAGCUUGACCCACGACAGCCGCGGGAUUCGCUUCACGGAACGCGGCUCGGUCAAGUUCGUGCUGCAGCAGGCGCUCUACUCCAUGGGCCACACGUGCGUCAAAGAGGGAUUCUCAUUGAUCGCCUUUACGAACCGCAACGGGACCAGCCUCGAGACCACGCAGGCCUUCAAGACUGGGGUCAACUACCGAGACACGUCCAUCACGCUCUCUGGAGUCGCUGCGAUCGAAGGCGGCGAUACGUUGAGCUUCGAAAUCACCUCGCCUUCGCAGUGCAACAUCCGCUACUUUGGCGAUGGAACCGGGAUCAGUAUCUUGAGUUUAAUCUGGAUUCCGUCCGCGCUGUCUUCGGCAUUAACCGCUACCGUGGUGAAAACCGGCCUUCCAUCUGGAGCAGUCAGGAAUAAACCAUUGCUUUUUGACCAGACGAGCGAAGAUGUCCCUCAAGUCCAGUUGGCGCGAUCCGGAGAACCCAACAGCCGAAAAAACUUUGUCUUCCACCAGAGGGGCACGGCUAACGUCGCUUUGAAUCUGAAGCUAAUCCACUCUUGUAACGUGGUGAAGCUGACGUUACAGAGAGUAGGGGGUCCGGACCAGGGUAGUCCAGGACCUGUGGCUCAGCAGGUGUCUGGGCACAUGCCUGAAGGAAGCGAGUGGGCCACGGUCGGGCUCCGGGCCUCGUUUUCGGUGCAGAACGGUACGGCUAUCUACGCCACUCUGGACUGCAUACGAGGGAGAGUGAACCACGUCACUCACGAAGGUGGAACUAACAUUUCUAUCUUGUGGGUGGCCGUUUGA